AUGGCAUCCUCAGACGAUGCAUCGCCGCCCGUCGCGAUCGUGUGCGUCGGCAUGGCAGGCUCUGGCAAAACGACCUUUAUGCAGCGCAUUAACGCGCAUCUUCACGGCAAGAACCAGCCUCCCUAUGUCAUCAACCUCGACCCGGCAGUGCUCAAUGUCCCCUUCGACCCAAACAUUGACAUCCGCGACUCGGUCAACUACGAAGAAGUCAUGAAGCAGUACAACCUUGGUCCCAAUGGAGGCAUUCUCACGUCUCUCAACUUGUUCGCCACCAAGGUCGACCAGAUUGUGAACCUAUUAGAGAAGAGAGCGAAGCCUGAUGCGGAAAAUCCCGACCGCAAACCCAUCGACAGAAUCAUUGUCGACACUCCCGGACAAAUCGAAGCCUUUGUGUGGUCUGCAUCGGGAACCAUUCUGCUAGAGUCUCUAGCGUCUUCGUUCCCAACCGUGAUCGCUUAUGUUAUCGACACGCCGAGAACAGCGUCCACAUCUACAUUCAUGUCCAACAUGCUAUACGCCUGUUCGAUCCUAUACAAGACGAAACUUCCCAUGAUUCUGGUGUUCAACAAGACGGAUGUGAAGGACGCAUCUUUUGCAAAGGAAUGGAUGACAGAUUUCGAGGCGUUCCAGGAAGCGCUUCGCCAGGAUGAAGAGUCGGAUGCGCUGGGCGGGGUUGAGGGCGGUGGGCACGGAGGAAGCGGAUACAUGGGCAGUUUGCUCAACUCCAUGAGUUUGAUGUUGGAAGAAUUUUAUUCACACUUGAGCAUGGUUGGCGUGAGUUCAAGGGUGGGCACUGGCGUGGAUGAGUUCUUUGAGGCGGUGGAGGAGAAGAAGCAGGAGUUCCUACGAGAUUACCUGCCGGAGCUAGAGAAGCGGCGCCAAGAAAGGGAGAAGCAAAAGAAGAAGUCGCGCGACAAGGAGUUGGACAAGAUGAUGUCCGACAUGUCUGUUGCUCCCGGUCAAGCGGCUCAACAGAGCGGCGCAGGAAACGACUCUGACGUCGAGGUGGCAAGCGACGAUGACGACUCGGACGAAGACGAAGAAGCAGCCAAACAAGGCCUGCAGGAGCGCUACCAGGCCGCGAUGGGCGAUAAUGAGGAUUCAAUCUUGGCAGAUGCCAGUUUUGCCAAAUAUCUCCAUAAGCAACGGUAG